AUGCUGAAUACUUCGACCCAAGCGGCAGAUACGCUGCAUACGACACUCAAGAGCGCCCGAGUGAUGCAAUCAGUGCGCUUUCAUGGACCAGGCGAUAUCCGCGUUGACGAAGUAGAAGAACCCGUUUGCGGAAAGGGCCAAGUGAAGAUGAGACCGGCAUAUGUCGGAAUUUGUGGCAGUGACCUACACGAGUACACAGCUGGUCCGGUACUCAUCCCCGAACAUCCCCAUCCUAUCACGGGCUCGACAUAUCCCGCUUCAAUGGGCCAUGAAUUCGGCGGCAUCAUUGAAGAAGUGGGCAGCGAUGUCACCCAUGUUUCCCCCGGCCAGCGCGCCGUCGUCCGUCCGACCAUCUACGAUGGUACAUGUUGCGCCUGCAAGCAGGGCAAGUACCACUGUUGCGAGAACAUCGGCUUCAUUGGACUGAGUGGUUUUGGUGGGGGCAUGUCUCAAAAGAUCGUCGCUCCAGCCGGACACUUCUAUGCCCUCCCCGAUAACGUUACCCUCGAAGCAGCCGCGCUCAUCGAGCCACUGGCCGUCGCCUGGCAUGCCGUAGCCGUAUCUCCCUUCCAACCAGGCGACUCAGUGCUGGUCGUCGGUGGGGGACCUAUCGGCAUUGGCGUGGUGCAGGUACUAGCCCUGCAAGGCGCAAAGAAGAUCAUGGUCGCUGAGCUCAUGGAUAACCGCAAGAAACUCUGCACAAAGUACGGGGCUACGGACAUCCUGGACCCGCGCGAAGUGGAUGUUGCUCAGCGGGUGCACACGCUGACGGACGGGGUUGGGGCCGAUAUUAUCUUCGACACGGCGGGGGUGGAGGGCGCGCUUGCAGGCGCCAUCCCGGCGUGUCGGGCGCAGGGCGCCAUUGUGAAUAUCGCCGUUUGGGAAAAAGCGCCGGUCAUCCCAGUGAACAAGUUGACGUACAAUGAGGUGCGGUAUAUCGGAUCGGCACUCUAUGAUGAGGGCUCCUUUUUGGAUACAAUUCGGGCCAUCAGCACUGACCAACUCAAGCCCGCCGAUAUGAUUACCGCACGGAUUGCACUGAGUGAGGUAGUGGACAAGGGCUUCCAGGCACUAUUGGAUCAUCGCGAUCAACACUGCAAGAUACUAGUGGAUGUGCAAUCGUAA